AUGCUUACCAGCAACAGAAAAGUCACCGGUAAGGAUGACAUCACCAAUUUAGAUAUCCAAGCUGCGGGAGAUGUCGAUUCGUUGAAACAUGGUGAAGUCGCAGUGAGUAAUUGGGGGUCCGAGACGAAAAGAGAAUUCAAAUCAAGACAUCUUAGUAUGCUUGCUGUGGGAGGGACCAUAGGUACUGGACUUUUUCUCAUCUCUGGAGCUACCAUAUCGACGGCUGGACCUGUUGGGGCUGUGAUUUCGUUUAUCAUAUCUGGUAUAUUUGUAUAUUUGGUUGUGGCUACCAUUGGUGAAAUCGCGACCAUAUUUCCAGUUUCUGGAUCAUUCGCAGCAUUCGGCGACAGAUUUUUUGACCCGGCUCUCAGCUUUGCCCAAGGAUGGUCUUAUUGGUUUCUUUGGGUUCUUACUUUACCGGCAGAACUAUCUUCAGCAGGUAUCAUCAUAAGCUAUUGGCUACCAGACAUUGGGACUUGGGUGUGGGCCUUAGUAUUUCUUGUUGUGAUCGUUGUCAUAAAUCUCUUUGGAGUUAGAUGGUUUGGAGAAGCGGAGUUCUUCUUUAGUUUCCUGAAAGUCUUCGUUGUUAUCAUCUUUAUCAUUGUCGGUUUGGUCCUUAAUGGCGGUGGAAUACCAGGCCACAAAGCUAAAGGAUUCGAUUACUGGAAAUCCUCAACAGAAGGAGCUCCUUUCGCUGCAGGAUGGCCCGGUGUUUUGUCUGCUUUGUGUACGGCUUUUUUGAGUUACGGAGGCACAGAGUUAGUUGGUUUGACUGCUGGUGAAGCCAAGAACCCACGUAGAGAUGUCCCAAGAGCUAUCAAGGGAACGAUUGGGCGGAUUUUGCUUUGCUAUGUUGGAUCUAUCUUUGUCAUUAGUAUCAACAUCAAAUCUACUGACCCCUCACUCCUCACUACAUCCGCUACAGAAAUUGCAGCUUCCCCUUUCACACUUGUUUUUGAAGACGCAGGUAUUGCUGCCGCUGCUAGUAUCAUGAAUGCUGCUAUUCUUAUCGCAGUGGUCAGUGCCGGUAAUACCAGUGUCUAUGCUAGCUCCCGUAUACUUUUUGCUCUCGCAAAGAAUGGACAAGCACCAAAAUUUUUCGCUACUACAUGGAAAGGUAAUGGAGUUCCGUUGCCGGCUAUGUGCAUCAGUGUCUUGAUAGGCUUCGUUGCAUUCUUUGGCGCAAUAUUUGGACAGGGAGUUGUAUUCACUUGGCUUUAUAAUUUGAUCGCAAUUUGUAAUCUUUUAAUCUACAUGUCGCAAUGUCUCGUGCACAUUCGAUUUCGUCUCGGCUGGGUCCAUCAAGGAAACAGCUUGUCUGAUCUUCCGUUCAAAGCGGGGAUCUUUCCGUAUACAUCCAUAUUUGCUUUUUUCAUGGGUUGUCUGAUUGUCGCCGGAGAAGGUUAUGUAGCUGUAACUACAAGACCAUUUGCUUGGGCCAACAUUGUCGCUACUUAUAUCGGGAUUCCUGUCUUUUUCAUUUUGUAUGGAAUUUGGAAAGUGUUCAAGAAGACAAAAUUAGUCCCAUACUCAGACAUGGAUUUUGAGACGGGAAGAUCACAGCCACCGAGUGAUGAGAAGAUUGCAGCUCUUAAUGAGUUGGAGAGAACGGAUGUAAAGACUUGGAAGGAGUUGGAUGCUCGGGGACGAGCUUUGAAGGUUGGCAGGGCUGUUCAUAGGGUUGUUUUUUGA